GGUUCCAGGCCUGAGGAAGAGGACCGUGCGCCUGCCUGCCCACCUCACUCCCUGGCCCUGCUGGUGUCUCAGGGUCUGAGACACGGGCCUUUCCUGCCCAGCUGAGGUUCCGAGGACUCUCCUUUCUCUAGCCCUGUCCUGUGGCGUGAACCCAGGGUGUUGCGACACCCGAAGGGAGUGAGAAGUGGGCGGUCAAGGCACCAGGGCAAGAGCCCUCUGGGGCCUCGGGCUGCAGAGUGAAACUGGAACCAUCAGGGAACAUGAGUGAAUUUUGGCACAAACUGGGCUGCUGUGUGGUAGAGAAACCCCAGCCGAAGAAGAAGAGGAGACGGAUCGAUCGGACCAUGAUUGGGGAACCAAUGAAUUUUGUCCACCUGACUCACAUUGGCUCCGGGGAGAUGGGGGCCGGAGAUGGCCUUGCCAUGACAGGUGCUGUUCAGGAGCAGAUGAGAUCCAAGGGAAACCGAGACAGGCCAUGGAGCAAUUCUAGGGGCUUGUAGCUCCAACAGGAAU